AUGACGUCAGAACUCCCCUCAUUGACUGGAAAAGUGUGCAUUGUGACAGGAGCAUCUCGCGGGAUUGGUAAAGGUAUUGCCUUGAUGUUGGCCAAGGCAGGAGCCACUGUGUAUAUUACAGGUCAGUUUGACUUUUCAGGAAAUUGUCUUAUGGUUUGAUAAAUCCUCUGUUAAGGGCUCCUCUCUAAAAGAUGCUGAAAGGUGUGUACUCCUGGAACAUUUUGGCCAUUUGCAGCAUUGUUCCCUGAAUCCCUUACCCUAUCAUUAUAAUAUAUUUAUCAAAACAUAAUGUGAUUUCUCCUACCCUGUUUCAGACUUGACUUGCCUUUCUAAAGAGACAUUAUUGUAAUAAGUCGAGCUUGCUUAGCAGCAAGACUCUAAAAAUGCAAGCAUUUCUUUUUUUGUUUCUCUUUUGUGCUCACCAAAUGGGGAUCAUGGUCCCAGGUGUACCUAGCGGAGACCGUGGAAACUGGGGAUUAGAAUCGAGAUGUGUUGGACAACAUAUUACUCAUGGUACUGUGCAUCUUAAGUUUGUGAAGAAAGCUUAAUUCGGAGAGAUUAAUGGGAAAGAUGUCAAGUUUUUCUAGAAUGGGUGGGUCCAUGGAUUAUAUUGCUCAAAAGCACUGAUUGCAUUGGAACAAGUGAAUACUUUAGAUGUCGGAAAAAAAAAGAAAGGUCUGGGAGUACCCCCCUGUUCAAGAAAACAAGUAGCACCAAAAUAAAGAUUUGGUUCCUCUGACUCUUAACAGUUAAGAUUAGUAUGUUAAGUAUCCAGUCAGUGUGAAACGCAGACUGCGGACUGCGGACCAGUGGGGGGUUGGUUAAAGUUUCACUAAGCUGAAACUGUAAAUUGACUUAUAUAUUUAAGUAGACAUGACAAAAACCAACAUACUUAUUGUCCAAAUUACUCUGACAAAUUUAUGCAUGGCUUUGUUAAAUUUCUCAUUGUCUUGCUUCGUUCUUUUGUGCAGUAUAUGUGAAGGCAAUACAAUACAAUGCCAUGCAUAAAUUUGUCAGAAUAUUGGACAACCCUCAAAACCUAGGGAGAAUUAACCACACAAAAUUUGGCUAUUUAAUGACUGUCUAGCCAUUAAGAGUCUAUUUCUAAGGGCUAAUAAUAAUUUCCUAGGGGUGUUACCCCCAGACUGGCCCCCUAGAUAUUCCCACUUUCAGCAGACAUUUUUGGGACCCCCUGAAAAAUAAAUCCUAGAUCUGCCCCAGAUAUACAACAGUUUUUCUGCAUGAACAUGUAUUUUGUAAAGGUACUAUUUUAUUUGGUAGGAAGGACUCUUGAAGCCACAGAGGGUAAGACUGGGUCACUGUGGCAAACAGCUGAGGAGGUAAUCAGAUAACAUUCUGUAGCUUUUGCAAUUCUCUUUGCAUACCUGCUCAAUUGGAAAAUUCUGGCCUUAAUUCUAAUGUUGAAGUUACUCAGCAGCCGGCUGCAAAGAGGGGCUGCUCAGAAGGGAUUUGUUCAGGUCGCCUUGCAUGUGGCUGGACAAACCAGAAAAGUGAGCCUUUGUAUGGGUAUACCUGUGGAUGUCAUUUUUGUCACACGUUUUCUGUCAAAUCGUCAGUUUUUUUUUCAACAAAAUUGUUGCAUAUCAAGAAUGGUUAAAUUGCGUGGUGAUCUCAAAAAUAAGAAACCAUGCAUAACAAUGACAAAGGAAAGUGUAACAGGUUUAAUCAGCAUAACAAAAACUCUGAGCAUACCCUGUUGUAGCACACUUUUUAGCAGAUUUCUUUGCCAUCAUUUCACAACUGUUAAAUGUUGUCAAACUUCGUCAGAAUGCAGAUGUGAUCAUGGCUUUAGUCUCCAAGAACAUCUCAGAAUCCUUGCUUCAUCAAUAGCGUGUUACUUGCGUCUCAGUGUUUGUCAGAAAUACCCAUGGAGAGGUAUUGUUGGGCAUAAAUUAUAUAUGUUUACUAUUGACUUUAACCAUGCAAAGCUUAAGCUUCAAAAGGACAGUCUUUGGUAGGGUAUGACAGUCUUUGGGCACAAUAAAGAAACAGUGCAAUUUAAAUCAGUGAGCAGCAUUCAAUAUUAAAAUUUGCAGUUAAGCCUUCGCUGAAAUAUAGUGACUCACAGGGAAACAACUGUAGAUGGACUAAUUUAUGCAACUGAUUCCUUUUCUUUUGUUAUAUUUUCUUAGAAGUCAUUUUAUGUUCAUCCUGCAAGAAUUCUUAUUAACCAGUGAUUAAUUUUUUUCAGAUAGGACAAGAGAGUGCUGGACAGUGUAUACCGGUGCAGUGUGACCAUGGAAAUGAUGAAGAAGUCCAAAAGUUGUUUGAUCAAGUCAACAAAGAACAAAAUGGACGAUUGGAUGUCCUUGUCAACAAUGCCUACAGUGGAGUGAAGGUAUAGACUUUUAUUUAACAAAUAACUGAUAAAUAAAUAAAUACAUGUACCAUUUGAACUGGUAGCACAUCCACAAUAUUUGAGGGUUUGUACUCUUUUUAGCUCUUCAAAUUCCAUGACCUUAGCUUUAGCUCUCAUUUUAAAAUAUUUUCAAGACUUUCCUUGUUUUGGGGGUAUUUUUUGACCUUACUUAGUUCAACAGAUACAAACUGUUUGUCCACCAAAAAUGUGUGCCAUUUAGUUACUCAUCUCAAUCUUACAUUGCCCUUGCUUCAACAUUCUACCGUAACUAAUCUACCAAACAUAACUUUUAUUUUCCACGACUUUCCAGGACCAACAAUUGAAUUCCAUGACUUUUCCAGGCCUGGAAAAAAAUGAAGUUCUUAAAUUUUAUGACUUUCCAGGUUUUCCAUAACUGAACCGUACGAACCCUACAAUGUGUUUCUUUAUCUACCAUUCUGAUUUACCGCUAACAUUGCAAAGUAGAUAUGAUGAUUUUUAAGAAAUACCCACUCAGAGAAAAACCUCUCAAAACAAGGAGGAGAAUAGCCUGCGAGGAAGUUCUCCUGGGGCGAUCUGGCGGUGGGGCAAAAAAGGAGAGAGGUUUGAAAGGUUUCAAGCCAAUAAAGGUGUCUCGCCUCUUAGCCUGUAAGCAAGCUCUCCAGCGGGAACAAAACGUCAUCGCCUGAUUAAAAAUCAGCCAAUCAGCAUUUCGCAUCCGAUUCUGGGACGCAGAUACUCACUUUUAUGAGAUGCGAGUGGAAGCUCUCCUUCCCUUUUCCCUCUCCCACCCCCGUACCCCCGGAAACCCCAGGAGAGCUUGCUCACAGGCUAGGAGGAGAAAGUAACAGCAAACUUAAUUCACAUGUGACCUUUUUGGGUGAAUGAGGUCUCUGCAAUGGAAACAAGACGACAUUUUUUUUUGGGAGAGAUGGGGGGUUGUUCUGGGCCUGUGGGCCUUUUUUUUAUUUUCGCGGCACUGAAACCGGAACCCGCACUUGAAAAGUCUCUGGCAUCAGUAUGCUUAUAGUGAACAUAUGUUACUGACAGUUAUUUUUGUGUUAUGCUUAGGCGAUUUUUGAUAAUGUUGGAAAACCAUUUUAUGAACAGGUAAGGAUUUAUUUUGAUAAGUGACAGUUUUAAAGAAUUCUGCUUUCACCAAAUAUUAAUCUAUAUUUCUCUUGGAGAACAUUUAAUCAACUUGCAAUUAAAAUAUAGAAUACAUUUCAAGCUCAUAGUCUUGCCAGUUAAACAAACCCUAAACGAUAAUUUCGCAACCGCCACUGGCUUCAGUUAAACCUGAAAACAUGUGAAACUUUCUUUCUAGUUAAGACUUAGUUAGAAGCGCUGAAAAUUCUGAUGAUCGACCUAGAACUUAACUGACCAUUUCACAUGCAUCUCCGUAAAUAUCAUCCAUUGCCGUAUAACUAGUACACUUAUGCAAAAAGACCUAGGUAUUCUAAGUGUGGUCUAAAUGUUAAAAGAAAUUGCAAAAACGCAAUCGGACCAGUCGCACAAAAUUUUCAUCUUCCCAAUCAUGUAAUUUUGUUUGAAGUGUUUAACGGUGCUUAUAGAUCGUUUUUGCAUGACGUCACGUCCGCCAUAUUGGUGUUUCAAAACAAUAAAACGGCGGUGAUGUUGGUGUCCCAAACCAAUCCUGUGGGAGUUCAACUCUUUUCUUAUGUAAACACUCUUUUGUUCCAAUAAUUUUGCAUAGAUGCUGGUCACGUGAGUGAAAACGCACUAUACUUGGAAUUCAAUUGAAACGCAAAACGUUUUUAAAUGAUAGCAAACAGCGUGAAAUGACCUCUUUAAGAAGCUGUGGUUGCACCCAAUGUGUUUCUGUCGUUCAAAUCCUCUUUUCUUUUCUUCUCUUUUUUUCUCUUCCCUCCUUUGUUCACAGUUUCCGUCUUAUCUUUAGCCUACAAGCAUGUGGGAUCAAAUGAAUAAUGUGGGGCUCAGGUUAGCACAUUCAUAUGUUUAAGGAAUAGUCUGUUGCAGGCAUUGUUUUAGUUACACGUUUCAAUACUUUCUUGACUCUCUGCAUUCAGUGGCCACUUGUGGUUUCACAUGAGACUUAACUGAAUUCUACCACGGGAUUGUUCUUUAUUUGCGAGGUUGCAGAGGAACCUGGGUCAAAAUUCGUCCGCCAAAACACUCCCACGACGCACUUUGACACUACAACUCGCACACAGCCUUUUGUGAAACUUGCUCAAAAUGGUUAAUUCCUCCGAAAUGACUUGUGCCCCAUUGAUACCGAAACUUAAGCAGGAAUUCUUUAUAUAGAGAUUCGUUAUAUCGAGGUUCCACUGUAUCCUCCUUUGAGACUGUUCAUGAGAUAAGUUUGAAUGCUCUUCAAAACUGGUGUCCUAUAUUACCACUGUUCAAUCGGCUAAAGAAGACCAAGAGAUUUAGUGACCUAAUAAAAUUAGUCUUCGCCCCGGGUUCUUUACUUAAGCAAUAGACCACACCUUCUAUGGGUUUACUGGCAUGAUAACCCACUUGGGAUGUUGGGAGAACACUUGAAAAGCUUGUAAAUCACGAGCCUCGGCUCGUGAUUUACAAGCUUUUCGAGUGUUCUCCCGAACAUCCCAAGUGGGUUAUCACGCUUGUAAACCCACAGAAAGUGUGGUCUAUUGCUUUUAUAAAAUAACUUUAAGUAAACUAUGAGUUUACCGGCACAAUAAACCAUAGGCUUUUAACCAAUCAGAACUCGCAUACUAUCUUAGUUAUUUUAUAGAAAGAUAUAAACAAAUGGUAGAGCAAUUUUUGUUUGACUUUGAGAUGAAAACAUGCGAACAAAACAGAAACAACAAUCGAAAGGAAAUAGAGCGAUUCGAUUGGUUUAUCGACCGGAUACAAACGCGCGUGGCUUUUGAUUGGUUAAGCGAACUCUCGGGUGAAAAAAUUUCAUGCCCUAGAACUUUCUAGAAAGCAAUCGAUACUUCACUUUGACGUCAUACUGCAACACGAUUGGCCAAUCGAACAAUGCCUUCUCCAUAUUAGAAUUUUGUUUGGCGGGAAAACGAAGAGUCCAUGUUUUGAUCUUUUCAUCCAUUGGCUGAUAAAACAAAUAACGAACACUUACCAAAACCAUUUUUCAAGGUCAUGCGAAAAUCGCUGUAUCCUUUGUGUCCCUUUUCUCCCUCCAGGUCUAAUUACAUUGCCGCGUGGCAUGCAGCCAAGGUGAUGGUUCCUGCCAAACAAGGACUUAUAGUCAACGUUUCGUCGCCCGGAGGAUUGAGAUAUCUCUUCAACGUUGCAUAUGGUGUAGGAAAGGCUGCGGUAAGACACACUACAGUGGGACCCGGUCAAUACUAAUACCAGAGGGACAUGCCAUAGUGUCCUUAAAAUCCGGGUGUCCAUAUUAAGCGAGCUCUCAGAAAAAAACGUCACGGGCGCAUAUUUUGUCGAUGCAAAGAAUUAAGCAGACAUUUUAACGAGAAAGCGUUGUUUAAUUACUUUACUGUAACUCCAACAAGUUUAUCCUAAAGAAAUCUUUCGAUCGUGUGUCAUUGUCUCAGACUAAAAUAACCUUUUAAGUACUGUUCUUGAAACAUGACAAUGGAAUCCAUGGCGUUACUUUGUAUUGACGCUUUUUGUUUGAGAGACUCAGCCAGGCGCGCUGAAUAUUAGGCAGACCUUUUGAAAAGUUACUGGCCUUUUCUGUUAGGUUUUCAUUGGUAAGAAAUUAAGUUAUAGUCAGUGUGCAGAAGAGAACUGUCCAUAAUCGGGGUUGAUGAUAUAUGAGAGUUUGUGCCUCGGGACCGUUGUCCGUAUAAAUCGGUGUGGUUAUUUUUAGAGAAAAUAUGUGAACUUUUUGUCGGGACAAACAAAACUGUCGGUCAUAGUAUACGGGUGUUCGUAGAGCGGGUUUCCACUGUUCUUUUUUAUGUGCCUUUUCACUUUAGCACCGAGAAAUUGUUUUUGUCGGUUUGCCGUAUAGAGGGGAUGCAAGAACGGUGGGUGUACUGUUGUUUUCCAGUGCUUCAUGACUUUUGCAACAGGUGUGGAAUAGACUACUUCAUGCUCUCGAGUGCGGAAUAGAUAAUCUGAGGAAAAUGGCAGGAAAUUUAGAAGUUUUUAAGGUUAAAGUUAAACAAUACUAUAGUCUUCCUGAAUUAAUGCGUUUAAGACACUAUAUGGCAAAGCUAACAUGGUACAACUUUAGCCUACAGAUAUUUCACCAUGAUUAUUGGUACAAUUGCGUGAAAAGAUCAUAAUUCAGUUUCCAGUCAUUUAAAUUGAAAUUCAGUUAUAUUAGAACUCAAGGGAACUAUAUUUGUGGUAGUUUUUUUCUCUUUUUUCCUGGGAGUUUGUGUUUGCGGCAAUCAAUUGAGAACCCUUCAAGAAAUUCGCGAGAAUUUCCAAGCCAUAUGUUCUUACUUCUGCCGCUUAAACGCAUGUUGUUCUGAAUUAUGAUUUAAAUAUUAGGUCCUAUUUUAGGGUCACCUUGAAUGCAUCAAUAUUAGGUAUUAAAGCGUUGUUAUCUUACAUAGAAUGAUCGAAUGGCUGCGGACAUGGCUGUGGAGCUGAAGAAACAGAAUGUUGCCUGCGUGUCACUUUGGCCUGGAGCUGUGAUGACUGAACAUGUCAAUGACUUUUUAAGCCAACCCCAAGAUGAGAUUGUAAUUUUUUUGUAUUUAUAUUUCUUACCCCUCCCACCGCCCCCCCACUCGCCCCCGCUCGAUGCCUCAGUUGCAUCUGCAGAAUAGUGAAGAGAAGUUUGAUGUCAGAAAAAUUAAAAUUUGUGACAUUAUGGGAUUGGAUGGCAUAUUCAGAAAGAACAAGAUUAAGAAGGCCCUUUUGCCAAAAAUCAGCUUUUAAGUGCAAAUUGGCGGGUAGAUAUAAGCACCUUUACGCUCUGUUGACUCCGGACAAAUCCCUCUGAAAGUGACUUGGGUUGAAUCGUUUACGGUCCAGGCCUUGUCUAGAACAAUUUUUUUUUGGAGUCAUUGGUGCAUAACAAUGCUUGGAUUUCCCCGACAAUUUGCACUAAUAGUCUGAUUUUUAGUAAGUGAGCAUUUUUCAUCUUGCUCUUUCAGGAUAUGCCAACCUAUCCAAUAGUUUCACAAAUUUAGUUUUUGUGACGUCGUCAACCCUCUUCUCUACUCAAAAGAACUUCUGCAGAAUGCGCGCGCAUAGCCGUCACAUUUGUUCGCUGGAAUUUCUCAAGUUAACCAGCUCUUUGAACUUUUAUUAAACUUAAUUUGUAUUUGCGGCUGCUCCUUUUCAUUCUAAACAUUAUGACGUCAGCAAAGAUUCGCCCGAGUGAUUUGUUUAGAUGUUCAAGUAAUGUUGGCUGGAGUUAACUAAACGAAAAGAAGCGUUUUAUCAGAUCUGAAGCACGAUACAAGCCAAGUGUUUUUAGUUGUGCUAAAACAAAAACUCCGAUUUUAUUUAGACGGCUUUACCAAAUUUUUCUAGAUCUAUUUAUCGACAGCAAUUGUCAACGAAGAAAGGUGUGUAGAAAAUAGCUAUUUACACGAUUUAGGAACAGACACUCAUCAAAUAAAACUUCCGCCUUGCUUGUGUAAAGGCAACUUUUAUAAGUUUCUGUAAAUUUUAAAGUGAAAUUGCCGUCAUUGACUUACAGCGUAUUUUCGGAUGAAAUAACUCGAAAUAUCACCAAGAAAUUCUGCCAAAAUUCUUGAAAAUGAACGUUAAGAUUUGUUAUUGAUUACACGAGCACGAUGAAAUAUUCGGUUCAGGUCUGUUUUCUUUAAAUUAGUCUACUUGUUGUUUUGUUACCUUAAAGUCCAGCAAGGCAGCUGCAAUUCUCAAAGAUGCCGAGGAUCGAACGUUUUCAGGCAAGGCCGUGGCUUGGUUGGCUGCAGGUAUCAUUACAGUCGAUUUGUUAAACCCUCUAAGCCUCAAUAUCAACAUAGAAAUUCUUCAGACUGAUCACCUUACAUUUCCAUAAGAACGUUUGUUCUGAGAAUUUGUUAAAAGAUCAAAGCGUUUUCUCUUUAGUGAUCGUUGUGUGAAGUCUUAAAAUCAUAGUCUUUUUUCUUAAUGAUGUAUGGAUAUUUUGUGUGACGAGAAAAUUGAGGUUAGUCUUUCUUUUGGACUGGAGGGGUCAGAGAAAUCAACAAAUAUAUAAAUGAAUAUUUAACAAUUAUUCGCCGAAGGCGAAGUUAAUAUUGUUGAAUAAUCCCCGAGACGAAGUCGAGGGGAUUAUUCAACAAUAUUAACUGAGCCUGUGUUGAAUAAUUAGAGCCUCAGGCUCAGUUAAUAUUGUUGAAUAAUCCCCUCGACUUCGUCUCGGGGAUUAUUCAACAGUAUUAACUUCGCCUUCGGCGAAUAAUUGUUAAUUAUUAUUAUAUGGCAAAGCCAGUCUUAGGCAAAUCUCUGUGCUCUGAUUGGUUCUUUCUCGGUCAGGAUUUUGCAGUACGGACCGUUCAAUGGAAAUGGUCCAACCCGUGCAUUUUUGUUUUGAAGCGAAGCCGGCAAAUUCAAAAUUUGCAACCAAAACAGCGAAAAAAGGCUGUGAAUAUUGUCAUUCUUCACAGUGAAACUACCAGAAGAAGCUAAAAAGAUUGAAAUUUUUCCGAAAUUUCAAAGAUGGAUGAAGAAAGGCGAACAUUCUCGAAGCGAGUUUUAUUAUCCUGAAGAUCUAGAAACUUUUGAUGUAGAAACUGAAACAGGCAUCACCGAAAGCCAGGAGGCCAUAGACGAUUUUAUCAACCAACAGAAAAGUGCAAACACAAACAAGAAGACGGCUACUGAUAUGGACACUCUUCUCCGCUACAUGGAAGUUAAUGGUAUGAAAAAUGAGAAAAUUGAAAGCUUACCUGCGUCCGAGCUUGACUUCCUUUUGUGGAAUAUUUUUUUGAACGCACGCAAGAAAAAUGGAGAAGAGUACGAGCCAGCAACAGUUUCCAGUUUUCAGCGUAGUAUACAGCGAUACUUGAGUGAGAAGAAAUAUCCAUUUAACAUACUCAAGGACAAUGAGUUCGAAAAAUCCAGAAAAGUCCUUGCAGCGAAGCGAAAGUCACUUGUUCACGAGCACGGCAAAGGAAACAAACCGCAAGCUGCUCAGGCUAUCGACGAAGACGAAGAGGAUACCCUUUUUGAAGCAGGAGAAUUCGGCGACUCCAAUCCAGUUGCGCUUCAAAGAACUAUGUGGUGGUUUUUAUCCCUACACUCUGUUUCCGAGCAAGAGACGAAAGUCGUAAGUUGCGCUGGGGUGACGUUACGGCUUCAACAGCAGAAUGAUGGCCAAGAAGUCUUGGUUUGGUUGGCCGAGCGGGGCACAAAGACCCGACAUGGUCAGGAGAGAGGACACCAAAGAGCGUUCCAACCAAAGAUUUAUGCCACCAGCACAGCGAGAUGUCCUGUCAGUUUUUACAAAAAAUUCCGCGGUCACCGGCCAGUGGAAAUGAACGCACCAGAAUCACCGUUUUACUUAGCAGUCCGCCAUAAUCGACCCUCGGAAAAAAUGAGAUAGGAAAGUUUCUGUCCACUGCAGCGAAGAAUGCUGGCCUUCACAGAGAGGGAAAAUCAUUCUGUCAGGAAAACCUGUAUUUCGAGGCUCCUUGAUGCUGAUGUUCCAGAGAACUUUGUAGCCCAACUGAGUGGCCACAAAAGCACGGAGAGUUUACAGUCCUACAAGUCUGCCAGUGCUAAACACCAAAAGAGGAUGUCCUUGACCCUCAGCAGAGCUGAUGUUUCUGGAUCCAGAGAUGAAGCGUUAUCAAGUGUCCAUAAUCAAGGGUUUGAAGUAGUAACUCGCUCGACUACAGACAUCGCUGCAAGUUCGACAACAACUACAUUGAUUGAUCAGUCAAGCGAUCCGUUACUGUCUUCCACCGCUCCAAUUUUUACAGGUGCAAACAUAGGAUCCAUCAGUGGGUGCACAUUCCAAAUAUUUCACGGAAAUGUGAAAAUUGUCCAGAAUGAAAGGAAGUGUCGGAUUGUUAUCGAUAGCGAUAAGGACGAUUGACUUUGAAGCUAUUUUUUAUCAACUUUGUCCAGUUUUGAAUUAAUUUUCACAGCUUCACUUGACACUGACUUGAUCCAUAUUUUGUAACCAAGAAAAUAUUGUUUGAUCGACGAGAAACCUUUUCUCGAGUUUUAGAAUCAACAACUGCUUUUCUCAGAUUCCGUUACAGUGCGUUUUUGAAGUAAUAUAUCAAACAUGAGAUGCAGUGUUUCAUCACCAGAUGAAACACCGAGAAGAGAGUUGAAAAUACGACGCGCAGCGGAGUAUUUUUGACGAACACUGUGUCGAAUGUUUGAUAUUUCUUCUCAAACAAAAUCAUUUUUGAAGGAGAAAUUAAGGAUGCAAAUACUAAGCAGUGUUUCAUCCGAUUUCCAAACACUCAUUAAACAUUAAUUUCCUUUGUAUUUUCUUAAUGAAUUAUUAAUGAGUUUGAGAAGUUUUGUUUAAGCUAAUUUUAGACGAUUUCACAUUCAAUAAAUUUGUUUUUCGAACUCGUGGUAGCUUGCUUUUGUCUGAGCUGCUCGCGUCAUCACGAAUACGUCACGGCGGAAGCCCUUUAACUACAAGCCACCGGAAGUGCAUUUUACUAUCAGAAACAGAGUGCCAUGUAAUAAACAACUUACUAACCGAGCUUGCUCGGGCCAAUAUUCCCCAGUACGGCCCGAGCAAGCUCGGUUAGUAAGCGGUUAAUAUUCAUUUAUAUAUUAAUUUGUUUAUUUAUUUAUUUUUUGUCGGAGACUAAACACAGACCUCCACGCUGUCGCUGCCUUAUCUGUCCACGAGUUAUGAAGGCUUUGCAUUGUGUAUUGCAAAAUCAAAUACUCCUGGGAAGUUUCGAAAAGCCAAUACAUCAUAAAAACCUUAAAGCAAAUAUGAUGUAUUUUGUGACUGAUUUCUGUGAGUUUUAAAGACCAGUCGGAAUGGCAUUUUGAACAACAGUCAGUGGCAAUUUUUCGCUUUUAACACGACACAUUUAAUCUGACCUGUGCUUAAAUACAGCCACUCUAAAUACAGGCUAUAUCUAACAGACGAACUAUUAAAAAACUUAUAGGGAGGAGGGCAAAGUACGAAAAAUUAUUCGUGCUAGGGAAAAUUACAUGAAAAAAAUCAUGCACGCUAAGAAACACUAAAAAAUAUUAAUGCACCGAUCUAAAAAAUUCAUACAAGGGAAAUGUUAACCAAAAAAAUUCAUGCGGCUCGAAGAUUCCCCACCCCUCCACUUAUAACUUUUGUAAUGGUCCGUCCCUAACAUUUAAAAGUUUCUCAUUGGCUUUACAGUUGUGACGUUAAUCGAAAUUCGAAGCUUUUUGUCAGGGAAUUAUUUAAAACUUGGCUUUUUGAAACUGAAAAACGGCUGCUUAUUCAUGAUUUUUUUUAAGAUCUAGGAGUAUGGUGCUAUUUAAGUCAGUUUUUAUAGUUUCUAAAAGCCGCAGCCAUGUUGUGAAUUACUCUUUUAAAUUCGUUUUAUCAUGCAAUUAUAUAUAUAUAUUUUUCAGCCCAUGGAAGCAAAUCGCUUAUCGAAGGUUACGGGGUUUAGGGGUAGCUUGGAAAUUUUGAGCGCAGUGUAGUAGAAACAGCGGCAAAGCGAGAUUAGACUAGUCACCAGUCUUCUGGUCAGUCUCGCUCAUACCCUAUACUCUACUGCUUAAUGCCAGUCCAGUUUUCUAUUUUCUUUUCAUAUUCAAUCAUUGAUGCCGAUAACUAGUUUUUGAAAUUUCUACAACGUUAGAUGCCGACAUCAUGAAGAAGAGCGGGCGCAUUCUGUUAACAGCUGAGUUGGGGCGUGAGUACGGCUUCAAAGACGUCGGAGGUGAGUUAAUAGGGAGUUUUAGGGCCUGGUGACUUGGAGGUGAGGGACCCCAGGUAGGUGAGGUAACUCGGUUAGGUGGGGUAACCCGCCUGUUCUUAUAAACUCUCAUAUGAUCUCCCCACCUAUCAUGUAAAAGUGAUGAAAUUAAAAUGAGAGAUUAUAUUCUCGGGCAGGUUACCCCACCUAAGUGGGUUACCUCACGUCCCUGGGGUUCCCCUCAAUCCCCCCCCCCUCCCCGCCAUGUAAAAAGGCCGUAUGAUGCCACGACGGCAACGGCAACGGCAAAGAGAACGUCGUAAAAGCAAAAGGUUGAAUAGGCGAAACAACAACUCUGCACUUGUUGUUCAACACUUUUUUGUUCAUUUUUUGCCGUCACAGCACGCCAACAGCGACGUGAGAAUGCCUAGUUUUACGUUUAAUAGAGGACUUGAACAAGCGAUUACGAUUUUUUUUUUCUCUUUCUGAACGUGGAUUUGGUUCUGAGGGAGUCAAUUCCUGGAGAGAUUGCUUCAGCUGUCGCUUGCAUUUGACAAAGCGAGGGAGUUGGAAUGAUCGCGAUCACUGAAAGUACGCGAAUUCACUUUCAAGGGACGUUUUCUCUUUUUCAUUGCACUUUCUUGUUUGUAAACAGCAAAUAUGACAGCGAAGCCCGUCCAGAUCGAUCGCUCGUGAAAACUUCUUAGCCCCGCUGCAAUACUCCAGCAUACAUUAAUGAAAAUCCGUUUAUUCUUUUAGGAGUCCAGCCAUUAUCAUUUCGACAAGUCAAGAAACUUGUCUCCUUUGAAUAUCCUUCCGUGUCGUGGAUGAUCCCUGAGUUUGUUUAUGUUCCACGCUGGUUAAUGGCAGCAAGCAGUCAUAAGUUUUGA